GGAACUGCACCUGGAUGUUGGCCAAUGAGAGGUCGGCUUCAUUUUCCUCCGGACUUGGGACAAGGGGCAGUCAUGGCGCCCCCCGUGAGGUACUGCAUCCCCGGCGAACGUCUGUGUAACUUGGAAGAGGGCAGCCCGGGCAGCGGCACCUACACCCGGCAUGGCUACAUCUUUUCGUCGCUUGCUGGCUGCCUGAUAAAGAGCAGCGAGAACGGCGCGCUUCCUGUCAUAUCUGUGAUGAGAGAAACAGAGUCCCAAUUACUGCCAGAUGUGGGAGCUAUUGUAACCUGUAAGGUCUCUAGCAUCAAUUCACGCUUUGCCAAAGUACACAUCCUAUAUGUGGGGUCCACGCCACUUAAGAACUCUUUUCGAGGGACUAUCCGCAAAGAAGACAUCCGAGCUACUGAAAAAGACAAGGUUGUUGGUUGAAAUUUAUAAGAGUUUCCGCCCAGGGGACAUUGUCUUGGCCAAAGUGAUCUCCCUAGGUGAUGCACAGUCCAACUACCUCCUAACCACUGCCGAAAAUGAGCUGGGAGUGGUGGUGGCCCACAGUGAAUCGGGUGUCCAGAUGGUUCCCAUCAGCUGGUGUGAGAUGCAGUGCCCUAAGACCCACACUAAAGAAUUCCGGAAAGUGGCCCGAGUACAGCCUGAAUUCUUACAGACCUAAGAAGCCACACUUUACCCCACGCAUGGGAGUAAGCUCUUUCCGAGAGUACAUGUGUGCAAGUGACAUCAGGAUGCCGUUGUCUUCAUUCAGGCACCUGGGGCUGGCCAGCAGCCACCUCUAGAAAAAUCUUACUCUGUAGGCAGAACAUUUUUCCUGUGAAUCGUUCAGUGGAUUUCAUUCUCUUGAGUGAUAAAUUCCUCUUUUGGAGGCACCAGCAAACCAACUGUAUGAUGGUGGAAAUAGCCUGUUCUUUCUGACAGUCUUAUACAUAUGUAUUUUUUGCUGUGACAAAGAAAAAACAUUUUUACAAAAAGAA